AUGCGCUUCUCACUUACCCUCUUCAUCCUGACGGCUGUGACAGCUGUCCAGGCCCUCGUUAUUCCCCGAGAUGCCGCGCCCAUCCUUUCUGCCCUCGACACAAUCACAAACCAACUCCACACUGUCGGCGACCUAGUUGAGGUCUUCACCGGCGGCUUCAAUGGCACCUUCGCCGCGCUGAAAAUCCAAGGCGAGACCGGCGAGCUCGGAACGGCGAUAAACAAGGGGGUCACCGCGAUAAAAAACAUCCAACCGUUGAACGAGGCCGACUCGGCGCAAGUUGUCAAUGUCGUCGUCGCACUCCAAUCCGACAUUUACGGCCUCCUCGAUCUCCUCGUGCAGAAGAAGCCAGCGUUCGACAAAGCGAUUUUCGGUAUCGGUUCAGCCAGCUUUCUCGUCAAGAUUGACCUGCAAAAUCUGCGCAAAAGCACCGCGCAGCUGGGAGACGCGAUUACCUCGAAGCUAGUGGAUGAAUUUCAGCGCUUAGCGCCGUUGAUUACGUCCAGUAUUGAUUUUCACUUUUCGCAGGCUCUUGAUGUGUAUGCUUGA